AUGGAGCUCUCCCUCAUCGCCACCAUUGGCAUCGCGCUCAUCGCUGCGUCGGCCACGUCGUUGGCCGCGCCCGUGCCCGAGCGCAUGAGCCGCCGCGCCCAGGGGUCCGGCAAUGGUGGCAGUGUGCCCUUUGGCAACUUGGGGGGAGCGGCGAGCCACAGCAGUACGCCCGCCCUCACGAACACCGAAGCUAAGGCCGCCAAGAAAGAGGCUGACGAAGAAGCCGAGCGCGCCCGCAAGGCCAAGGUUGACCAGCCGAAUAUCGACUUGUUGCAACAGGCAAACGACGAGACUAAGGCCGAGAACAAAAAGUCUUUCGGCCUGGGAGUUGCAAUACUCGGUGGCGGCGCGCUCGCUAUGGCUGGCAUCCAAGCGUACAACGCCCACAUUAACACCAACCCGCCCUGGCCCUCGCCCCCGUCCUCGUCCUAGUCUUUCAACUCUACCGCAUCGGGCUCGAGGGGCAAAUGCAGCUUCAUUGACCUGUACUACACCAACUAGGCGAGCAAAGUAAGGAGACCAAGGGAAGCGUCAACCGCCGUCAACGCUCCGCGAAGCCUGAGCAUGAAAG